UGGAUCCAAACAACCACUUGACAUCCUUUAACCUCAGUAUUUUAAGUGGAGAUCCAGCUACAAUGGAGAUUGGAAAGUUUAUUGAUUACAAACUAGAAAUUGUGGUACCUCAGACUUCUAUGUUGGACCUUAUUGUAGAGAUCUUCACCAAAGAAGUGGCUGAUUCAUCAUAUACACCUGGUCUAGCCUUGUACAAUGUUGUUGUAGGUUCAAAACCAGAUGGUGUGGAUUACAGUUUGAUAUUACCUGAAAUCACUCCCAUUGUUAGUGAUGAUAUUCCUAAUGUGAAUGAUCGGGCCAUAAUAGACUUUGGAAUAGUUUCAAAUAGUGGAGCAGAAAAGAUAAUAGUUAUCACGUUUUCUGUGACCAUGGUUAGAAAUAGCAUUGUUGACCAGAAGAAAUACUAUGUGACUGCUGGUGCUGAAUAUGACAAUGAAAAUUAUGUGUGGGUUGGACAGUCUGAAGUAACAGCUAAUGAUAUUGCACCAGGAGAAGAUACACGAGAAGCAGAGGUGGAUAUCAGUGGACCUGACUCUGUUGCUCUCGACAGUGCUGGUAUUUUCACCGUAGAUGCUUAUCUGUCAUUUCGGUCUGAUCCUGUUUCUUUUGAAGUUCUAGGCCCUACAGAUGAAGAAGAUGUCGUAUCAGUAGGAAACUUGGGAAUUAUAGAUUUUGGAAGUCGAUUUGACUCUAUGCCACAAGAUUUUUAUCAUUAUAAGAUGCAACGCACAGAUUCUGAAAGUGGAGAUUCUUAUGUGUCAGCCGCAGUUGAUAUGGGCUUGGUAACAAACAGUGAUUCUUUUGGAAAUCCUGUAAGAGAUCCAAAGAACUUGAUUCAAGCAACUUUUGCCAUUUAUGCAUUAAAUAAUGCAACAUUUGUUGGAAAGGAAUUGACUUUAACAGCUGGUAUCAGUAUUGGAGGUUUAAAAAUAUGGGUGGCUUUGAUUAACAUAACACUAACUGCUCGAGUGGAUGGAGAACAAAUUGCAGAUUCCCUUGGAUCGUUAGCCUAUGCUGAUUCUGAAGAAGCAUCUCCAGGUGGUCUCGUCAUGUACAAUAUUGAAACAAACAUGACAAGUAAUUCUUUUUCCAACUACAGAGUUUUAGUAGAUGUUCCUAUCUCUGGUGGUCUUCCUCAGCUAGAGCCAUGCAGUGGUAAACUACUAAAGGAGAAAGCAGGAUUCAAUAUUCCAUAUGUUAAUAACACCCCUAUUGAACCCGUGUUUGAUAAUACAAAAUACAUAUUUGACUUUGGGCGAAUAUAUACUUCAAAACAGCGUUACCCUCAUAAGCUUCAGGACAACAUAGUUGUGGUGGAAAUUGUUUUGAGAGUUGCUUCCCAUGAUGCCAAUACAAAUGGUACAGAACUUGCUUUCGAAAUGGAAGUGGAUCAUACUGGAACACCCUCUGCAAUUAUAGUAGCACCAUUAACAGUGACUAUACCAUCAUACCUUCCUGUACCCAACAUAAGCUUGGAAAGUGCUGUGGAAUGGAGUGAUUUUUAUGUUGGAGGUGCUAUUGCUCUUGACGUGGUCAUCAACAUGCCUCCAGGUGUUGGUUAUGGGGAUGUUAUUUUUGAAGCUGUGGGUGAAAAUGAUACAAGCCUUCCAAACAUACAUAUUUGCAGUGCUGAGUUGACUCACAUUGGGAGUAGCCUUCCUUGUACAUUAGUAUACAAGGAUCUGAUUAAUCAGAAUCAAACCAUAUAUGAUAUUAUUAAUCCAGAUGGCGAUUCUACAAAGUCUGAUUUUGUUCAAAUGAAGCUAGGAGAUGUGAGUGCUCUUUCUACACAACAAAACAAUGUUACCGAAUCUCAACUUUACAUUAAUUUGGUGUUUGCUCUUUUGGAGACGGAUGGUGUUACAAUAACAAGCGGUGACCUCUAUUCUCUGGGUACCGGCUUGUCAUUAGGAAGUACUACUAUAUGGGCAGGAGAAGCAAAUUUUACAAUGGAAACUGCACCUCCUCCCACCUUAACAACUGAUAAACAACCCACUGUUUACAUUAGAAAAACAGAUGACACCCCUUUAGUUCCAGGUUUCAUGGGAGAAUUUGAAAUUAUCUUAAAAACAGCACCAAAGUCAAUAAGCCCAUACACAAUUGAAUUGACAACAGAUGACACUGAAAUUAGUGUUUGUGGCAUGUCAAUUAAAUCCUCAGGAAAAAGUAUGCCAUGUUUCAAUCCUUUAGUUGAACCUGUAUUUACAAGUCACCUUAACCCUUUUGAUGGAAAUAAGAAGGGUGUGUUGGACUUCAAAAUGAUUACAAAUGUUGGUUCAAUCAAUUCAACUGAAACUGCAGAACCUGAUGAUAAUACAGUUGUUAUAACAGCUUUUAUCCGGGUAAGCCCAGCAGCUACUGCAGACAAAAACAUGACAUGGAUUGUGACAUACGGGGCUUCUUCUCAGUCUGGCACACUAACCAUUCCAGUGAUGGUGGGUGGAGCCUUAUCUCCUUCUGACAUUCAUGUCCUUUCUCCAAAAUCCCUUGAGUUCAGCCUCAAAAAUCCAAACAUGACAGGUGCAGGGCUAGGAGCACCUUUUGUUGUCAACGUGGAGUUUGAACUUCAGCCAAAUGCGAUUGCACCUGUAAUUGUGAAUGUGCUAAACCCUGAUGCUGAUUCUGGAAAAUAUCCCUAUGAUAUCUGUGUUGCUGGGAUUACCAAGCGUGGCAAGAACUAUCCGUGCUUUUCACCUGUACAGUUGACCUCUAACAUCUCUAUUAGCAAUCCUGGUGCUACAAUCCAAGAAGAUACUGGGAUCUUUGAUUUAGGAAUAGUGUGCCAUACGCUUAUUGAUAAAGAAAAUGAAGAAGAAAACAAAGUCCAGUUAAGUGUAGCUGUUAAACCUGUUGAUGAUGGCUCACUUUUGGAUGGUGAAGAAUUUAGCAUUUCAGCCAUUGCCAACGUGGGGAAUAGGAGUAUUUUGGUUUCAAUUGUAAAUUUAACAGCAUCUGCUGUGUUUCAAGAAAUAUAUACUUCUGAAAAUGCAACCUUGAAACGAAUCAAUGAUACAGCCAUUCCACUUGCUGUGAGAAACAGAACAUGGGUACAGUUUAACAUCACUAUACCACCAGAGUCAUUGAUUAAAGUGUCAGUGGAAGCCACAGGGGCUAUUGCAGAUGACAGGGCAAUUAUCACAGUUCAUGAUCUAAGACUGGUAUCGGGUGGAAUAAACAUUCCGUGUCCCUUUCCAAAAGUUGAACCUGAUAUCAUGAAGUCCACUCGUGUAAACACAACACAGACAGACACAAUUAAAGUUCACCUAGGAUAUUUUUCCAAUGUUGCUUUCACUCACAGCUUGAACAUAUCUCAAGAAGGAGAUGAUGAUAUCACUGUUGAAGUAGAGAUUGAAAUGGCUGAUCACCCAUUAGCAGAACAUGCAUCUCAACACUCAGUAUCCCUUGGUGUAGAGGCUGGGGCUGCCUUUUUGCUUAUUGAACAGCCUAUUGAAGUUGUACGAGAUGGGACAGAAGUGGCUGACAUUGAGACAUCAGUAAUAGUUGACAAUUCUAAAAUUUACCAAAGAGGUGACAUCAUUCCAAUCAGUAUGUCAAUAGCUCACACCAAUCUCUCACGAGCAGAACCAUCUUCCGUUACUCUCCGCCUGUACUUGCCACCCUAUAUAUCAUUUUAUGAAAUGACCUAUGUGAACAUUUCCCAGAAUCAAAUCCCAGACUUUAAGAAUGACUCUGGAGGCCUUGACAUUAUUUUCCCGUUUCUUGUGUUCUCUGAUGAAGUAAUGCUGAACUUCACAUUGAUAGCAGAUCCUGAAAACAAACGAGGAUUUGGGAAAGGGGAAAUAAAUGCAACUACGCCUUAUCGUCUUCUGUGUAAACCUACUUAUAGAGCCACUCCUGUUGCAAACCCUGACACACCCGAUACGUUACUGAGUUGUAGUAUAAUGAAUCAUGUUGCUUAUGAAGUAAACAGUGAAGAAUGCUAUGAUCCUCUUGGGAUGGAGAGUGGGGAAAUAAAAGAUUGUCAGAUAACAGCAUCCUCAGCCAAAGAUCCAUCAUUUGCACCCUAUAAAGCUAGAAAAGGUGGUGCUUCAGGAGUGGUGUGGGCACCUUCAAUUCAACAAGGAUCAUAUGUACCAUAUCUUCAAGUUGAUUUUCAGCAACUUACACGUGUAACUAGGAUUCUUGUGGUAAAGGAUGCUUCCACUCGCUAUGUCACUCAGUUUAGGUUGAUGUAUGGCAAUACUGGCAGUGACUGGCUAUAUGCAAAUGAGAAAACUCCAUUAACUUAUAUUGGAGAUGAGGCCGUUAGUGAUCUUGUCAAGCCCAUCCAGGCUCGAUACAUUCGUCUUACUGUGGAAGAGGCAAACACAGAUGUGUCAGAUACAUACGUUGGAUUACGAGUGGAGUUUUACGGAUGUCCUGUAGGACCUGAUGUGAAUAUGACCUGUUCACCAGACCCAACAGUGUAUGCUAGUGAUACAACUCGAGUGGGCCGACAUUUUGCUGUAGACACAGUUAAUGAUAUUGUCUACUUUUGUGAUGCAGUGGAUAGUCCAAGCAUACUUCAGUGUUUUUCAUCAGCUGAUGGUGGAACUACAUGGAAAGCUCUUAGUAGAAAUAUAGCAGAAUUUUUAGGCUAUGACACUUCCUCAGAGCUAAUGUAUGCCAGAGAUCCAAGCAAAAGAGCUUAUGUAGCAUCAAAGGAUGGAAUCAAUUGGCAAGCUGUGACUGAAGCAAAAUUUAAUGAAGUAGCAGCAGAAACCACUUACCAAGAUCGUGUCAAUGCUCCUGCAUACAGUCGCCCAGAUUUAGAAAGUUUUAACCUUCAACAAGGGAACUGGAAAGCAACCUUUGAUGGUCUUUUAUACAAUGGAGAUACUACACCUAAAGCAAAAUGGAGCAAGUGCUGUACUAUGACCUAGUGUUUCAUGGUAAUAAGAACAGGCACAAAAAUGAUGUUUUUUUCUUGCUGUGUGAUUUUUGUUUCUGGAAAAGUUCACCAGUGAGUUAGGUGUGUCAGAUAUUUCAGUCACAAUUCAUUAGAGCACAUUUUUUAUUACUGAAUCGGAAUUAAAAAAACGUGGUUCAGAAACUGUGAGCUUCGUGAGGUUUCAGGUAGAUACUUUGUCAUAAUAUGUAGUUGUUACUAUGUGAAUUAAACCAGUGAAGAUUGGGUCAAAAAAUUUACCUUUAUAAAGCUUAUCAAGAAAGUGAAUCUUCUUGUUUUUAAAUCGUAUGGAACUUAACAGAAGUAGGACAAAAUAAGAAACAUUAAAGACAACUUAUCUGGCACUACCUUCUACAUGUAAAAACAUUUGUUUCUCUUUUGUUCUUUUGCAGAGGGUGUAAAUAAAUAAUACUUCUGUUAACAUUUGGUUUAAAGUAAUACUUAUUAUUUAUGGAUAAACUGCUUAGGAGUAGUUUAUUUAAAAGAUGGAGUUAUAUUACACCAACUUUAUUUUUUCUGUUUGAAGGCAAAAUGGAAUGUUUGGCAAACUGUUUAAUUACUAGCCUAUUCUUAAGCAAAUUGCCUGUUAAAGAUAACACUAUUCUUGUUCUAGAAGUGUAUUAUAAAUUCCUUGAAAUGUUAUUUAUGGUUAUCAAAACGAACUGUCAUUUAGGAAAUGCUCUAUUAUUUAGUUAUUUUGAUUUUGAGCUUCUGAGAAUUUUGUUCUCAAUGCUUAGUAAAUAAAAUUUGAAUAUAAGAAAAUAACAGUUUUGUUAUCACUUUUUCAAAAUACAUGAACCUACUUAACACACAUAAAAUCAAAAUUAUCAAUAUGUAUGAAUAAUUGUUAAAGAAUUAAGCAAGAAAUGUUGAGAAAUAUUUGCGUGUUAAUAACAAAGAAUGGAACAGAAAAAAUUACUUUGUUUUACUUAAAUUAAAUAAAUAAAAAUAUUUAUUACUUUGCAAUUUAAGAUAUUUUUUGUUCUAAAUGU